UAAAAUAAAAAUCCCGAUAUAGAAAAACGCGUAAAAAAAAAUUGUAGUUAAAUGUAUAAAAAUUUUAAGUGAAUCCAAAAUUUAUCUCGUGUAUAUCCGUGCAACUGAUAUUUAUAAUUAUCUGACUUUAACCAUAAACUCAACAUAUUCAAUUGCAAGUCACAGAAAAUGCCUUCGAUGCGUGAGCUGAGAUUAGUGCGCGGCGCGCAGCGUCUGCUGAGCCGCCAGCCGCGUGCGCGUUGCAUGGCGCUGCGCACGUUUGCGGGCAAGUGCGAGAAGCCCAAGGGCGUGGUCGUGGGCGUUUACCAGCAGGAAGGCGACAAGCCCAUACGCUCCUCGGAGAACGCGCUGGCGCUGGACGAUGCCGUGGGCGGCAAGAUACUGAGUCUGAUACGCGAGCGCGGCAUGAACGGCCGCCCGGGCAAGGGGAUACUGUUCAGCGGGCUGGAGGGCGACUACUCGGCGGUGGCAGUGGUGGGCAUGGGCCCAGCUGGCGCCGCCUACAACGAUCACGAGCAGCUCGACGAGGGCAUGGAGAACACGCGCAUAGCUGCGGGCACGGGCGCGCGCGCGCUGCAGCUGCAGCGCAUGCAUGAGGUGCAUGUGGACGCCAUGGACUACGCGGAGCAGGCGGCGGAGGGCGCUGCGCUGGCCGUGUGGCGCUACAAUGCCAACAAGCGCAAGAAGAAUCGCAUGCCCACGCCCAAGCUGAGCAUGUACGGCAAGGGCGAUCACGACGCGUGGGUGCGUGGACUGUUCAAGGCGGAGUCGCAGAAUCUGGCGCGUCGUCUCACCGACACGCCUGCCAAUCAAAUGACGCCCUCGAUCUUUGCACAGGCCACAGUGGAUGCGCUUUGUCCCUGCGGCGUUUCGGUGGAAGUGCGCUCCAUGGACUGGAUCGAGGACAUGAGCUUGAACUCGUUCCUCAUGAUUGCCAAGGGCAGCUGCGAGCCGCCACUGCUGCUCGAGUGCACCUACUGCGGCAGCUCGCCCGAGGACAAGACGGUGCUGCUGCUCGGCCUGGGCCUGACCUUCAACAGCGGCGGACUGUGUCUCAAAAAUAAAAACGGCAUGGACGAGUAUCGCGGCGCCAUGGCCGGCGCCGCUGUCUGCGUGGGCGUACUGCGCGCUGCCGCUGCGCUGUCGCUGCCCAUGAACAUCUCGGCGGUGUUGCCGCUAUGCGAGCACAUGCCCUCGGGCAUGGCGGUCAAGUGCGGCGAUGUGGUCACUCUGCUCAAUGGCGUCACUAUGGGCAUUAAGGAUGUGGGCAAGGCGCCCGUUGUAAUGAUGGCCGAUCCUUUGCUCUACGCACAGGCCACGUUCAAGCCCAAGCUGAUUAUCGAUGUGGGCACAGUGGCGCAGGGCGUCAACUGCGGCUUGGGCGGCAGCGCCACCGGACUGUGGACCAACUCGAACUUCCUUGCCAAGCAGUUCGCCAAGGCUGGCGGCAUUACAGGCGAUCGCAUCUGGCGCAUGCCGCUCUUCCGCUACUUCAAGGAGAUCGUCACCGACAACACCACCUACGAUCUGAGCAACACGGGCCGUGGACCCGCCUCCAGCUGCCUGGCCGCUGCGGUGCUGCACACGCUUGUGCCUUGCCUGGAUUGGGCUCAUCUGGACAUACGCGGCACCGGCAUGUUGACCAAGGUCAAUCCGCUGCCCUAUCUGCUGAAGGAUCGCAUGACGGGACGACCCACGCGCACCAUCAUCCAGCUCAUGUACCAGCUCGCCUGCGCUGGCCAGUAAACGCUCCAGACAGAGCCAGAGAGCCAAGGCACAUGUAUUUGGACUAGAUUGAAAAUUUGUAGAAAGUUUAUUUUGCUGUUGGUUAUUAUUAAAUUUAAUGUUGACUAAAAUCGAA